AAGCUCUAAUCCGUCAUGGCAAUAACCCUAAUGUUUCCCGCCAUCCAUCUCAUAAACUCCUCUUCCGCCUUAUCCUCUUAUGGGUCUUUCACCAAAUCCAAAUUCAAAUCCAAAAUCAUCCAUCUUUCUCUUCAUAACCCUAGAAAUGGUGGCAGCUCCGAAUUUCUUACCCAUUGCUCCAUCAGGCCAAACACAGAGAGUGAUAGCUCGUUAGAAAACCGAAACGCUACGCCUGGGCAUAAUUCGAACUCUGAUGUCCAAGAACCAGAUCAACCCAGUUCAAAUCGAAACGUUAAAUUUUCAGAAUCAUCCUUCUCCACAGGUCUGGUGUUCGAUUUGGGGGUAAAAGAAUCAUGGGAUGGUUCUGAAAUAGGGUCACCCGUGGUGAAGAGGUACCUCGGAGACGAAGAGGAGAGAUGGUACAUGUGGUACCAUGGGAGUCCGACCCGAGAACCAAAUUCCGAUUCGAUUGGUUUGGCGGUCUCGAGGAAUGGAAUUCACUGGGAGAGGGGCGGCGGGCCAGUCCGUUCGAGCGUAGACACGGGUGUGGUGAUGAAAUGCAGUAAAGAUUGGUGGGCGUUCGACACAGAAAGCAUAAGACCAUGUGAGGUAGUUAUCAUGUCAAGCGAGAAGGUAAAAGCGAAUAAUGCUGUUUACUGGCUUUAUUAUAUUGGGUAUAACUCAGAAAUGGUUGAUAAUAAUAAUCCUAUGGGUUUCGAUUUGCAAAACCCUGAAAGGUCUAGGCUUGGAGUGUCUUCUAAUAAGGUUUACAAGUCUUUGCCUGGUUUGGCAAUGAGCCAAGAUGGAAGACAUUGGGCUAGAAUUGAAGGAGAGCACCAUUCUGGAGCUCUCUUCGAUGUUGGGUCAAAUGGGGAAUGGGACUCCAUGUUCAUUGCCUCCCCACAAGUUAUUUUCCAUGCAAGUGGCGAUCUUAGGAUGUACUAUCACACGUUUGAUGCAGCAAACGGGAGUUUUGCAGUUGGAAUGGCGAGAUCAAGAGAUGGGAUUAAGUGGGUGAAAUUGGGGAGAAUUCUAGGAAGGGGUGGUGGCGGUUUUGAUGAACUUGGUGCGAUGAAUGCUAGAGUGGUGAGGAAUAGGAAGAGUGGGGAGUACUUGAUGGCUUAUGAAGGUGUGGAUGGAAAAGGGAAAAGGAGCAUUGGUUUGGCAAUGUCUGCUGAUGGUUUGAAGAAUUGGGAGAGGAUUGAGAGGAGGAUGAUUCUGAAGGCGUCGGAAUGUGGAUGGGAUAGCAUAGGAGUGGGAUCGCCGUGUUUAGUUCAAAUGGAGGAUGAGUGGAGACUGUAUUACAGAGGAAUUGGCAUGGGAGGUGAGACUGGUAUAGGAAUGGCUGUUUCUGAUGGAGGUGGUGGUGAUAUCUUCAAAGCCACCUUUACAAGAUGGACAGGGUUUCAUAGGCAGGAGUAGUUACCCUUCUUUAUAUUUUAUACUUGGGUUUUUCAACUUACCAAUGUUUCUCUCAAUUCCUUCAUCAUCUUUUCUCAGUAAUGCUCAUAUGUUUAUAAUUUCUCUG